AAUAGUCUGCGUUCAGCUGUAGCCAUCGUAGCCGGUAACAGGUAACCGUCAUCUCUAAACAGCAGCGACGACUGAAAUCCCAAAUUCCCAAAUCCCCGAAAACCGAAACCCUUCAAUUCAAAAAUUCACACUAUGAAUUUCUUCAAAUCUAUCAUCUUAGACGAUGAGGAGCCUCCAAAACCCGAGAGUCCACACGAAUCCGGCCUGGAAUCCGCCGUUAACCCGCCGGCCGAAGAUCAGAGUCCGAAUGGCACCGAUCAGGGCGCGGACGGCGACGGAUGGAGUUUCGGGAGCUUGAUCAAAACCCUAGCCACCAGAUCGGAAUCAGUGAUCGAGACUUACAGCAGAGAUCUGAAGGAAUUCGGCUCGGGUCUGAGGAAGGAAUCCGAGAUCAUUCGGGAAGCCGCGAGCCGAGCCGUGAAGGAGCUCCCGGCGUCAAUCGAAGCCGGAACGUCGGCGGCGCACGGCGUGCUGAAGUCGACGGCGGAGAUAAUCUUGCAAGAGCCGCAGUUUUCGGAUGGGGAGUCCGAGACGCCGGAGAUCAAUCGGAGCGUGAAUUCGGGGCGGUACAGUAGGUUUGAGGCUCAGUUGAGUGCGAUUCAGAGUGAUUUGAAUACGUUCUGUCAGGAGCCGGAUGAUUUGGAGGAGUACGAGAAGUGGAGAUCGAGCUUUAAGCUCGAUGAAAAGAGUAGCGAGAUCGAAGGGUUGACUGGGGAGAAUGGGGCUUUGGAUGCUAAUUUUAGAAAGAUUGUGCCCAAUGUAGUCGAUCAUGAUACAUUUUGGUGUAGGUAUUUCUACAGAGUGGAUAAACUCGAGCAGCAGGAGAAGUUCCGGGCUAAUCUUGUGAAGAGGGCGAUCUCGGUGGAUGAAGAUGACGAUGAGUUGUCGUGGGAUGUUGAUGAUGAAGAGGAGAAGGAUGGUGAGAAGGCGAAAGGCCUGAGUGAUGAUGGGAGCUCGGUUCUUGGUGAGAAAGGAGGGAGUUUGGGUGGCGAAUCUCAGCUUGAGAAGGAAGGAGGCAAUGCCGCUGUGGAUGAUGAAGUUAAGAAGGAUGUGGUUGAGAAAGAUGAGGCUGUGGAUGAGAGAGAAACAGAAACGACGUCUGAUAGAGUUGCCAGAGAGAGAAGUGGUGAGAGAUUGAAAUCUGACGAAAUUGUCAAAGAGAAAAAUGAUGAAAAUGUGGUUGAGAAAGGCGAAGUUACAGAAGUGGCGAAGCCUGAGGUGAAGACAGAGGAGGAAGAUAUGGGGUGGGACGAGAUUGAGGACAUUGGAAGUGACAAUGAGAAGAAAGUUUCGACUAGUGAGAGGCCCAACAGAGAAGAGCUGAGGAAGCAGCUGAGUGCUGCAGAAGAUGAUGAGGAUUUGAGUUGGGAUAUUGAGGAUGAUGAUGAACCAGUGAAAUCUUGAUCGCUGCAAGUAAGGCGUGAAAAUGGCUGCAUUGUGAACCUCGUCGUGCUAAAGCUGUUGGAUCGGCAAAUGGAAGGGAUAACAAAGAAUGAUCCCAUUGAAGCUACCUACCAAGUCAAUAUAAAUUUAUUCAAACUGAUUAUAUGUGUUUUGAUUCUUUGCUGUUACUCUUCAUGUGAAAGUAUGCUGUAACUGCCUUUGUUUAUGUGGCUCAAUGUGUUCAUUGAUGAAGAAUUGUAAACCUCUAUUUUAAGAUGCUAUAAAAAGAAACUGCCUCUUUCAA